AUAAAAUAUCAGAAACCUUGUUGGCGGUGGUACACAGCCGAGGAAAAUAAAAACUACUGAGGUACGAGGCGUUAAUGGCAGUUCGAGAUCGGCCAUGGAGCUAAUAAUCCCGACAAACCAAACCCUACAAAACUUCCGCUCAUUGCACCACGAUACGCGUAAACAAACCUGCAAACACCAUAAAGAUACGAUUUUGCACUCUUCUACUGCUCUCCUUGUUAAGAAGCUCGGGUCUAGGAAACAAAGGCGGCCAGCCGUCAAGAUAUUAGCCGUCUCGACCAUCGAAAAUGCCAAAAUUGCCCCCCGCCGGCGUCAGCCAACUCGCCCCUCUGACAUUUUCGAUGAAUUCGAGAGCAACAACUAUCUUCGGAGACUGGUCCGAAAUGGGAAACUCGAUGAAGCUUUCAAGCAUCUCGAGAAGAUGGCCUCUCAUGGAGACAUUCCCGAUAUUAUCCCUUGCACGAGCCUCAUCCGCGGGUUUUGUCGAUUAGGAAAGACCAAAAACGCCACACGGGUCAUGGAGAUUGUCGAGCAGUCGGGAUCUGUGCCAGAUGUCAUAACCUACAAUAUCUUGAUCCGGGGUUACUGCAAAUCGGGCGAAUUAGAAAAUGCUUUGAAGGUAUUGGAGAGAAUGAAUGUCGAUCCAGAUGUGGUCACAUACAACACGAUUCUCCGUACUCUGUGUAGUAGCGGGAAAUUGAAGCAAGCAAUUGAAGUCCUCCACCAGCAGCUGAGCAAAAAAUGCUAUCCUGACGUGUUCACAUACACGAUCCUGAUUGAAGGUACUUGCCGCGAGAGUGGAGUAAAGCAGGCCAUGAAGCUCCUUGAUGAGAUGAGGAAUAAAGGGUGCAAACCAGAUGUGGUGACUUUCAAUGUUUUGAUAAACUGGAUUUGCAAGGAAGGUAGAUUAGACGAGGCUGUCGAUUUCUUGAACAGUAUGCCUUGCCAGCCGAACGUGAUCACGCAUAACAUUGUUUUGCGGAGCAUGUGCAGCAAUGGAAGGUGGAUGGAUGCCGAGAGAUUUUUAGGUGAGAUGAUAAGGAAAGGUUGUUCGCCUAGUGUUGUGACUUUCAACAUUUUGAUUAACUUUUUGUGCCGGAAGGGUAAAUUGGGUAGGGCGAUUGAUAUCUUGGAGAAAAUGCCGAAAUACGGAUGCAAGCCGAAUUCCAUGAGUUAUAAUCCUCUGCUUCACGGCUUUUGCAAGGAGAAGAAGAUGGACCGAGCUAUUGUGUAUCUCGAGGUAAUGGUGUCGAGAGGGUGUUAUCCGGAUAUAGUGACGUAUAACACGCUUCUAACUGCCCUUUGCAAAGAUGGGAAAGUCGAUAUUGCUGUCGAUAUUUUGAACCAGCUGAGCAGUAAAGGGUGCUCGCCAGUUUUGAUCACGUAUAAUACUGUGAUUGACGGGCUUUCGAAGAUAGGUAAAACCGAACAAGCCAUGCAGCUAUUGUUUGAGAUGCGCGAAAGGGGUUUAAAACCUGAUAUCAUCACUUACAGCUCACUCGUGGGGGGGCUUAGUAGGGAAGGGAAAGUCGAGGAGGCCAUCGAGUUUUUCAAUGACUUGGAGAGAUUGGGUAUUAGGGCUAAUGUUGUGACUUAUAAUGCUGUUAUGCUUGGGCUUUGCAAGGCCCGACAAACUGUUCGGGCCAUUGAUUACUUGGUGGAGAUGGUGUGUAGAGGAUGCAAUCCUAAUGAGUCUACUUACACGAUUCUUGUUGAGGGUUUAGCGUAUGAGGGCUACACGAAGGAGGCUUUGGAGUUGUUGAAUGAGGUUUGGUCUCGAGGGGUCGUGAGCCAAAGAUCGGCCGAGUCUUUGGCACUGAGAUUUGUGAGGCCGAUGAGUAGAUUGACGAAAGAUGAGAAUAAACGGGCCUCAGAUUCGCAGGAGGCUUUUGUGGCAAUUUUCGACGCUUUGAGCAAUAUCCACAGAGUCGAUCAAGAUAACUGGGCUUUCUUGCUCCGAUAAUUGACAAGAUUCCAGCUUUGCUGAGAUAUCCUCCUCCAUUGAAAACUGAGGUCGUUGCUAGAGUGGGUGGAGGAGAAGAUAAAAGGACCUGGCUGAAAGAUGGCUGAAAGAACAGAGAAAAUAACCCGCCACGGAGCAAGAGAGAGAGAAUGGACUACUAUGGAAAGGGGAGUGCGAGAUUUGUACUUAACAAUGAGAGAUUAACCCUUCACAGUGAAGAGAAUACGUACCUGCACCAGAAGGAAUCGAUUCCUUAAGAGAGAGAAUUUUCGUUGCCAUUGGAGUUUUUGGGUCCCCAAUAUCUAUUUGCUAAAGAAAAAGUACAUGUUUUCAUUCACCAUAAUACUUGUUUCUUUCAAAAUAAUACUUUAAGUUACAAUUUUCAUGCAGUACCUGAUUUCUUUCUAUCUAGUACCUGAAAUUAUUCUAUAAGGUACCACAUCGUUUAAAAUGGUAUCAGAGCCCAGGUUUUAUAUGAACUCUUAGAUGAAUUUAUUAACUUUAUAAAAAUAAAAUUUAAGAAUGGAUAGUGAAAAUUAUACGAAGUGUGUGCAUUAUGAUAGAUAUCUUCAAAUUUUGAAGAUGUGCGAACAAGAACACCAACAAACGGUUGCCCACUGGGAUGACCGUUAUGUUGAGCGAGU